CGGACGUUUCUCAAGCUUGCAGCUCCAAAACCUGUCGACAGCGAUUUCAAAACCACAACCCUUGGUCAGCAUCAUUCAUCCACAGCGCCAUAAUAUCACAGACAAUGCUUUCCAGAGGCCUGAGGAUAGGUCGCGCAGCGCAGGCUCCCCUGCGUCAGCGGACACAGGCGCCCUUUGUUGCUGUUGCCCGCCGAUGCGUUACCACUGAUGCCGCAUCCGCCCACGUCGAGAAGGGCGCAGUUCCCAAGUCCGACGAUGAGCCCUUUACUGUCAACCUGAGCGAUGAGAGUUUUGAGACAUACGAGCUGGACCCUCCCCCGUACACGUUGGACGUGACGAAGAAGGACCUGAAGCAGAUGUACUACGACAUGGUUGUCGUCCGGCAAAUGGAGAUGGCAGCCGAUAGGUUGUAUAAGGAGAAGAAGAUUCGGGGUUUCUGCCAUCUGUCGACGGGACAGGAGGCCGUUGCCGUCGGCAUUGAGCAUGCCAUCAACAAGACGGACGACGUCAUUACCUCGUACCGAUGCCACGGUUUCGCUUACAUGCGCGGCGGCACUAUCCGCUCCAUCAUUGGUGAGCUCUUGGGUCGCCGUGAGGGUAUCGCCUACGGCAAGGGUGGCUCCAUGCACAUGUUUGCAAAGGGCUUCUACGGCGGCAACGGUAUCGUCGGUGCCCAGGUCCCCGUCGGUGCAGGUCUUGCAUUUGCACAGAAGUACACCGGUGGCAAGAAGGCCAGUAUCAUCCUGUACGGUGACGGUGCCAGCAACCAGGGCCAGGUCUUUGAGGCUUUCAACAUGGCUAAGCUGUGGAACCUCCCCGCUCUGUUCGGCUGCGAGAACAACAAGUACGGUAUGGGUACCUCGGCCUCGCGCUCCUCGGCUUUGACCGACUACUACAAGCGUGGUCAGUACAUUCCUGGUCUCAAGGUCAACGGCAUGGACGCACUUGCCGUCAAGGCUGCUGUCAAGUACGGAAAGGAGUGGACCGAGUCCGGCAAUGGCCCAUUGGUCUUGGAGUACGUCACCUACCGGUAUGGUGGUCACUCGAUGUCCGACCCUGGAACCACCUACCGUACUCGUGAGGAGAUCCAGCGCAUGCGUUCGACCAACGACCCGAUUGCUGGCCUCAAGCAGAAGAUGAUGGACUGGGAUGUCGUGACCGAGGAGGAGCUGAAGAGCCUCGACAAGAAGGCCCGGAGCUUCGUCAACGAGGAGGUCAAGGCCGCCGAGGCUAUGGUUCCGCCCGAGCCGACCCAGCAGAUCCUCUUCGAGGACAUCUACGUCAAGGGCACAGAGCCCGAGUACAUCCGCGGCCGUACCCCCGACGAGCUCUUUUACUUUGAGAACAAGAACUGAUUGAGCCGGAGCUCGAAUUCACGCAUGCACACGUAAUCAAUCUGCCCAUGGGGAUCGCUUCAUUAUGAGAGUGGCCCUGGAUGUACAAUGUAUACCUACCUACUUCUUUUUCUUAGUUACUUUGAGGGAUUUCAUUGUGUUGGUAGCGAUCAAUAGACAUCUGCCGAGGUUUUGGCCCAGGGAUUAAGACAAUUUGAACUAUGUUUUAUUUUGAGAGAUGAAAGCGG